AUGAGCGUUGUCAGUCAAGAUGAAGCGGAUCGGGUUCUUCGGUUGAAAAUAUCAAUCGAAUUAACAUGUCAUAAGGUCAAAUGCGAUGGGAAUAACCCGUGUCAAACCUGUGUAAGGCGAAAACAUCCGCAGAUUUGCACCUAUGACCUGGCUGUGAACUCGCGUCGCAGGUCAGUAUUGCGUCAGAGGGUUGCUCUCUCAGCGUCUCCCUCUUCGUCGAAUGUAGCCAGAAGUGAGAAUGUUGAACAGCCGCGCCCUGAUGAUAGCUCCAAGAAUUAUGUUUACUCUGGAGACAACUCUGUUGUUUCUCUCUUGCGGUUGCGCUCGACAGAUGCUAAUGAUUCGGUGGCCCGGGAGGUCGGGUCUGUUCUUGGGCUUCAAAACACUUUCGACAACUAUCCUUUUAUGGAUAUUAAUACGCCGAAAGAAAGAUGGAAAGCUUUACUGAGCCUGUUGCCCCAACGAGCUGAAGUCUUAAAAUUCUUUCACUAUUACCGCGUGACUGUCUUUCCUUUCAACCCGAUCUUGGCUGAUAUGGAUCGUUUUGAAUCAGAACUAUGUACCUAUUUGAAUGCGCAUGCCACGGGAGAGCUUCACGAUACCGAGAAUAUCACUGAUCGUUGGAUGACUAACAAGGCUAUGGGUCAUAUCAGUCUGGUUUUAGCUACUUUGGCAGCAGGAGCUCAUUAUUCUGAUAUUGAUUAUCCACAACGCUUAGAGCUUUCUUCCGAUUUUGCUCGGAGAUCCUUUCAUGCUCUUAGAUUGGCCAAUUUCCUUUUCCGGCCAUCACUUGAUGUUAUACAGUCACUUCUGAUCCUAGGCAAUACUAUGCAAAACAUGGGCCAGUCUGAUGCAGCUUGGGCUUUACUUGGUUCUACCGUCCGUCUAGCUCAAACAAUGGGACUACACACCGCUAGAAGCACAAUACAUUGGCCUGAACAUGUUCAGACGAAAGCAAGAACUCUAUGGUCUUCAGUUGUAUGGCAGGAUAGCCUACUUUGUUUGUGUUAUGACCGGCCGCCUAUCGUCACUGUAAUGGGAUGGCCCUUAGAAAAUUCAUUCUACGAGAGACAGGACCUAUCGUAUGCUGAAGUCAUGCACUUUCUGUGUCGGCUAGGCCUGGAUAUUAUGCGACCUGAAAGUUUUGGCAGACACGAAGCCGAUCGAGCUAUUGAAGGGUUACAAGCACUAGAUAAUGCUUGCCAACGCGGUGUGCCUCAUCUUCGAACCCGGGAAAGGUGCACGACAUUGCAACAGCACCUCGAACACCUAGCCCUUAGGAUGCAUUCUUCUUUCUGUGUUUCUGUUAUUUGCCGUCCUGCGAUGAAACAAUCAAACUCACUGGAUCUUCUCCCUCAAACUGGUAUAAUGCGCGCUCGUGCGAAAGGAAGCUUGAUUGAUUCUUCGAAUGCAUUUUUGGAAUUUCAGGCUCUGAGCGUCGUACCGCUUCGAAGUUGGUCAAUGGUGCACACUGUUCUCAGCUCGACCUUGCUGCUUUGCAUAUGGGAGGAGACCCACAAUGACUCAGAGUGUCGUAGCCUGCAGCAGAAGGUCAUUGAUGUUUUCUCAUCGUUCGACUCCAAGGCUUCAGAUGAUGAGGGCAAUAAAAACCAGUGGUUAUCGGCUCGUCAUAUUCGGGCUUUGGUGACACUCCGCAGCAACUUGGAUCGCCAGGGAGAUGCGGUCUCUACUGAGAAGGAUAAUUUGACAGCCGCAGGAUCUAAUCCUGCGUUCACUUUUGAGUCUGGGAAUCCGGACUAUUCAGAGAUAAUCAAUUCGUUUGACACAUCACCCGUAUCGUACCUAGAAUCGAUCAUGAAUGUUCCCUUGUUUGAUUUUACACAGGAUAUUGGCUUCUUUUGA